AUGCGCUUGCGCGUCCUCUGCGCUCGUAAUAUAGUCGCGCGUGCGUCCUCUCGUCCUCUCGCUGCAUCCACCCCCGUCCUAUCACACCACAUCCCCGUGCACCGCCACGCACCUGUUAUCUCCCGUGUGCGCUACAACGCGUCGCUCGCGCCCUCUUCCGUCUCUGCUAGUCCAUCAUCGUCGUCACUGCCUAAGGAAUCAGACUCAGAUCCUCCGGGGACAGAUAGCGUGGACCACGCAACUAUCGAUUUGGGUACAAUCGGAGCCGAGGACGCCAAAGUCUUGACGAUUGCUGACGUACUUAACGCUCGCGAACGCGCGCUGGGGACCGACAAGACACUGUGUGACUAUGAAGAGUGGGAGAGCGUGGCGGAUACGGACACAGUACACGACGCCGUGUUGACGAUGGGGGAGCGCAAUAUCGGCUCGCUUAUUGUGACGGAGAUAAAGGAGGGUAUCGUGGGCAUUGUCACGGAACGAGACAUUUUAAAAAAAGUGUCGCCACGCGAAGAGCUGCGGCGCGAAAUGGCCGUGCGGGACGUCAUGUCGUCGCACAUUAUGUGCAUCCACCCAAGCACGACUGUGAUCGAUGCUUUAGCAACGAUGACGAAAGAGAAUAUUAGACACUUGGCAGUGGUCAAAGGCGAUAUCUCGAGUGCCGUGAAGCGAGGAUCGGUGCUAGAGGAAGAUAUGCGGUGCGUGCUGUCGAUCACGGACAUUGUCCGUGCGUUUGCAGAGUUUGAGGCGUCCAAGAACUCGACAACGCGUGGUGCUGCGAAUAAAGAGGCAGACGAAUUUCGAGAGACGAAGCCGCGUGAGACUGUGACUCGAACGACUGAGACCACCGACAGUGAGACGACGGCAGUAUCGACGGAUGCUGCUGCGGCUCCGUCCUCAUCGCCGGCGACAACGACGUCUCCCGUUGUGACUGCAGCGACGCUGCUGAAAAAGAAGCACAAGCAGAUCAAGCUGAUUCUGAAUACGCGACCUGAUGAUAACGUCACUGUGGCAGAAGCGGUAGAGGCCAUGGCUGAGCGGAAUUUUGGUGCUGUCCUUGUGGUUGACAAGGAACAGCGCGUGCUCGGCAUCUUCACGGAGCGCGACUAUAUUCGUAAGGUGCUUUUCGAGUUGAAAGACCCGACGAAGCUGCUUGUGACGGAUGUGAUGUCGUCCGUGGGUCCAGUGCUUCAAGUUGAGGAUUCGCUCGAGAAGUGUUGGAACGUAGCUGCCACUUCCAACUGCCGCCACUUUCCUGUGCUUGGUGUGCUGCGCCACGAGCGCGAGAAAGAGCUUGUCGGGAUCUUGUCUAUCAAAGACAUCGUGCGCGAGAUCUCCAAGGAUCACCACGCCACGCCCGGGUUUCGCCUCAUGGAAUUCUUGAAGUCCAAGAUGGAGCCAAAGCGUGUAGAUCCCAAGCCGAAGCAGCCCGAGUCGGCCGCGGCCGAGUCGGAGGCAGAGGAUAGUGGCACCGUGACAGGUUCCAAGGAAGCCACAGAUGACGAAGCUACUACAGACGCGACAAAGGAGGAUCCGUCGACGGCUGCUAGUGCUGAAAGUGAGCCACACAAGGUUGCAGAGAAAUCGCAGACGACCGCAUCAAGCUAA